AUGGACUCAACUUUUAAGCUUAAAGUUAGCAUACACGUCAAAACAACAAUUGAUUUCAACGGGAGCCAGGAAGAUGGGUCAUAUCCAACAGGCCUGCUCUAUAACACAAGCAUGGACUAUGAAGACUUCUACCAGGAACCCGACGCCAGUGAAAUCAUCAUCCCAUUCAUCUAUGCUCUCGUCUGCUGUGUAGGUCUCACUGGCAAUGCCAUGGUUAUCUAUGUCAUUCUGAAAUAUGCCAAAAUGAAAACAGCCACUAAUAUUUAUAUCCUCCACUUAGCUAUUGCUGAUUAGUUGUUCAUGUUGAGUGUUCCUUUUCUGGCCACAUCAGCUGCCGUCCGUCACUGGCCCUUCGGGUCACUGAUGUGUAGGUUGGUGCCAAGUGUAGAUGGUAUCAAUAUGUGUACAUCAAUCUUCUGCCUGACUAUGCUAAGUGUGGACCGUUACAUAGCAGUGGUACACCCUAUCAAGGCCGCCCAUUACCGCAGACACACUGUAGCCAAAGUAGUCAAUGUGUGUAUAUGGGGGCUGUCGCUUAUAGUCAUCAUGCCCAUCAUUAUCUGUGCAGACACUGUCCCGGCACAGGACGGUCGUGUGGAUUGCAACUUCUUGUCCUGGUCAGAAGCCUUUGUGGUGUAUACAUUUGUGUUAGGGUUUCUGCUGCCGGUCGGGGCCAUCUGCUUAUGCUAUUAUCUAACCGUGGCCAGGAUGCGAGCAGUGGGGCUAAAAGCUGGCUGGCUUCAACGGCGACGCUCGGAGAAGAAGAUUACCUGCAUGGUGCUGCUUGUUGUGGCAGUGUUCAUUCUCUGUUGGAUGCCCUUCUGCAUUGUCCAGCUGGUCAGCAUUUUCCACCGGCCCCCAGACCCCAUGGUCACUCAGCUUUUUGUCAUCCUCAGUUAUGCCAACAGUGGGGCAUAUCCUAUCCUGUAUGGCUUUGUUUCUGACAAUUUCCGUUGUUUGUUCCAGCGCAUUGUGUGUUUCCGGUGGCUGGAGUCUGGGCUGGAUGCGGAGCAGUUGGAUUACUGUGCUGUAGCUUUGACGAGACAAGCAACAUGUAGCCCUCUGGAUUUUCCCAAGGACUGUAUGGCUUCUGAUAUGGUGUUUCUCAAUAGGACAUAUAGCUCUCGUACAACCAAAGUGUAA